GAGGUUUGCACCUGACUCUCCUCUCCCCAGCUCUACUCUACUCUACUCCAGUAGAAGAACGAUUGGGAAGAUAUCCUUUGAUGUCUUUUAUCCUGUUCAUUUAUGAUUCAGAAUUACCACUAUGAUUUGGAGGAAACAGGGAAUUUGUUGGUUGCUGGUCUUCGUGAUGGCAAUAAACUUGCAGAAGCAAUCAAAUAUGCUGAGGAUAUGAUUGAACGGGGGAUCAAAUUAAAUUCUUUGACAGUGUCCAAGUUAAAGCAGAGCCUGUCAAAAACAGGAAAAACAUUAGGAUGCAGUGCAGAAUGGCUCUUGAUGAGUAAACGAUUACAGGAUCAAGAGCAAGAGGUUCUCUCGAUAGAACUUGAUGUGGCAGGCACGGUACUGGUUCUGGAAUUUCAGCUGUUUCAGGGCAAUCCAGAAGCUGUAGCUCAGUUACAAGAUAACCAAGAUUUCAAGGGGAUGAUGUGCUAGUACACAGCAUUGUUCGAAGAUUAAUGAAAUGUCAUAUCGGAUGGUGCUCUGGUAAAGUUUCUG